UGGGAUGUGCCAAGAUGGCGGUGCUGUUGAAGAUGGCGGGUGAAUUGGGAGAGGAGCUGCUGGACGCCGAGAGUGCGGGGGAGGGCGGCUCCAGGCAGCAGCUGGAAAUUGAAAGUGAGGAACAGAAGGAUUUGUACGACGAUCUGAUAAAUGAUAUAAUAGGAGUGCCUUUGAAUAAUGGGCUGGUUCCUAAAGAGACACCCUUUGAUUUCGUGCCAGCGCCCAAAUCCUUCAACAUCACCAUACAGACAAAGCCUGUCGUUGUCAGUAAACCUGCUCUUCCACAGAGGAUCGAAAUUCCAUGUUCCGAAGAGAAGGUUCUGCUCAUCGGAAAUCUGACGUGGUGGACAACAAAUGACGACAUCAUGGCGGCCAUUCGUACAGCUGGAAUAUGUAACGUCGAUCGAAUCAAAUUUUAUGAAGUUCAAAAAGGCGGACAGUCAAAAGGAUUUGUUAAGGUGUGUUUGUCAUCAGACUGGGAUCUCAAUAGACUGUUAGAAAUGCUUCCAAAGAAAGAGAUCCAUGGAAGAAUUCCUGAUGUUCGUUGUUUCACCAUGUCAAAUCGACAGUACUUUGAAAUGCAGUUCAUAAAUGCAAUGGAAAAUUCCAAGUUGCACUUACCCGACGAGGAAGGGCAGGAGGAUUAUGAUAAAGAUGAUCCCGAGAAAAGUGACAACGAAUCUCUGCCCGACGCUUUGGAAGAAGCCACUGAAGAUCCCGACUUUGAAGAGGAAACGCCUUCGCCUUUCCAACAGCCGGUUGUGAAACUCAUCAGUGAAGCCUGUCAUCCUCCCUGUCCUCCUCCCCCCAACGUUAUGUUGCGUCACUUAAUUCCAUUGGGAUUACCAGCCGGGAACCUUCUACCUCCUGGUCUUAUCAGACACAGUCAGACUUUAAAUACUCCUCAUGGCAACCUUCCCACCUUCCUAACACCAGUCAGCACAGGACAGACUGUUUUAGACAGUAGCACGAAUCCACAGCAGGGUUACUGUGCUUAUACUCUGGAUUACAGAAUACCAAGAAGGGAAAUGCAUUUUCCAGAGAAAUCGCCCAAUACAAUGGAGUUUGUUACCGAAAUAAACAGAACACAGAAUUUUCCACCGAGUGACGGGUCUGUGGUGAGCAAAGAUGGCCAUUCAAAUGAUUAUGGGACUCUAAUUAAACUGGUUUCCUUAGUUAAGCAAUCAAAAGCAAUUGCACAGGAUGGAUACAGGGAUUCACCAAACUGCACUCCAGAGAAGCCUCACAAUGAAGAACCCAAACCCAAACCACACGCCUCGGGAUCGUGGGAGAAGGAGCUUUCAAGGAAAAGAGAAAAGCGGAGAUCGGGCGAGAGGAGCGGGAGUCGGAGAGAUCGUUCUAGAAGUCCGGGUUCCCACGAGCGUUAUUACCGAGAGAGAGAACCCGAUUACGAUCGAGGGAGACAGCACAGUCAUCAAAGAGAUCACUCUCCACACAGGGAUUAUUACCCAGAGAGAAACCGAGAACAAAGGGACAGCUGUGGGAAAGACAGACCCUGUGAUUCACCCAGGUAUUCCUCCAGAAGUAACGAGUCCUGGGAUAAGUAUCCACCAAAGACUAGUCAAGGACAAGAUUACACUCAAGAAAAAUAUUGUGGAAUAAAGCCGGACAAAGACAGAAAUUACCGAUUUUAAUGGUACGUGUGUGUACUGUACCUUGUUUCCUCGAACUUGUGAGACCUCUGUGUAGAAGCUUCAAAAGCGAUCACAAAUAAAUCAACACCAAGAGUGUUAAACUCUAAUCUUUCUUAGAAAAUCUGACUAUUUUCAAAUUGUCUGUUAUAAUUCAUAAUUAUUAUUAUUAUUAUUAUCCUGCAAUUUUUUUUUUGGUGGGGAACAAAUUAUACCUGUGGCGAUUAUUGGGAAAGGUUGAGAGUUUUGAAAUUGUUAAAUAAACAAAGACGCAUUUGACUAUUACUGUAGGAGAGCUCAGUGUGUAUCAUAGUAUGUCGAAUAAUUUUUACGUUGCACUUUGUUGUUUAAAAGAAAAACCCUGUCGAAUUUGGGUUUGUGGUUUUGUAGUGGUGUUAGUUGCAAUACUACCGAUGGCACCCAUACCUUUGACAUUGAAACUUUAUUCACUCUUUAACACACUCACUGUCUGAUUGGAAACGGCAGUGGUGAAGGUUUGGACCGCAGAAGGUAGCGUGAUUGGUGUAACCGUAUCCACUGAUAAUGUCAUUUGUGUUCUGCAGGUUUGAAGAAAGUGCAGAAAAGAAUCUUUUUUUUUACACACAUAUUAAAACAAAAAGCACAGACUCAAGAAAAUUGAUUGUGCUUCUGAAAAGAAUUCAAACUAUUCAGAACACUAGAAAUAUUGGAUCUUAAUUCCAGCUAAAUCAAACUUGGAAAGGAUCAGUGGUCACUGGGAGAACACUGGACAGACUUAAUAGCGACCUAUUAAGAUUACCCCAUAAAGACACCAGCAUUUUCCCUCUUCAGACCAACUUUUCUUUGUCUGCUGAAGUGUUGAUCUUGCUAGGAGGUUGACUGUGUUAUCUGCAAAUUGUAUUGUAUCGAUACAAUAUUAACGGGGGGAAAAAAACGAAUUGUUUUCACUUUUAUUUUAAGUCCCACACUUAUUCUCAUGUAUUAAGUGGUUCAAGAACUCAAAGCGUCACCGUAGAAAAGUCUAAUUCCUGCUGGAGGUGAAUGCCUACUCGCUAUAUUUUUCUUAGCAGUAUUUGCAUUCUACUUUUGGAAUUCACAGUUAAAAAUAUUGCAACACCUUUGAUGCGUUUAAAUUGUAUUUUGGUCGAAUGUUUGUUCGAAACCAUUACCAGACCAGCUUGCAAGCGAAUAACAAAUGAUGUGUGUCUGUGCAAUUUGAGUCAUUAAACAUGAAUUUUAAUGUUAAAAA